AUGGGGCGAAUCUACGACAACAUCUUGCAAGCGGGUGCGGCUUUGGGGGUUUCUGACCUGAUCUUCUUUCCUUUCGGUAUGGGCGCUUUCCUCCGUAACUUGCACAAGCUCGAUGGCAGGUAUUGCCAGGACGAUGUGGGCCUUGCGAACUUGCGGCACGCCCUGGCAAAGCGGUUCGUAAAGGCCCUCGUGGUGGCGAAAGUGCCGUUUGUUGUGCGGCUUUGCAUCGCGCCGAGUGGCAAAGGGGACGAACUCGAUGCGAAUGCUGUGGCUUUUCUUCAAGCCAUUCUGGAAGGCAUCCACAAGGGCGUCGGCGAUAAAUCAAUGCGCCUGAAGCCGUCUUCUGUGGAGAUCCUGGUGAAUGCGGAUGCUCUGACAGUUGCCCAGCAGUAUGCCAACGACCGGCGGACGGUGGGGCUGGUCAAUGGCGCAAACCGUCGCCUCAUCGGAAACCAUUGGUUCUCCCAUGGUGCCCGCAUGGCUAUUGACGAGAAUCUCCACAGACGCAGCUGGCGCAUGGCGGCCACGGCCUACCUUCUGAACGGCGGAGCGGAGGUGUCGAGGCGUCAUCCCAACACCCUGGCAGAAGCGGUAAAGAGGCUCGGGGGAACUGUGCAAGAACUUGCAGCAAGAAGCGGCAGCGAUGUGAAGGCCAAGAUCAUAAAGCUCUUCCGCCAAUACGACGAGUCUGGCGAUGGGCGAAUCUCCAAGGCAGAGUUCGUGAAGAUGCUCAUGCGCCUCAAUCAUCAGCAAGACGACAGCGAAACGAUCUUCAAGCUCGCGGACACCAACCAAGAUGGUUUCGUCUCAUACCACGAGUUU